AUGCUCCCAGCUGCUCUUUCCACACCUCCGGAUAUCUGGUGCCAAAUCGUCGCCCGUUUCCUUAUUUCUUUGAUAAUAGAGUUGGCUAUUUUUGUGGCAUCGAUUGUACAAGGAGUGCAGAAUCAACUAGGGUUAACCUCCGAGGAACGCCUCAUGCUAGCCAAUCUCAGGGUCAGAGCUGCACCGAAGAACAGUUAUUAUCGACUCGAUGGCUCUGAUCCGCGUGAAUCAGACUGUGAGUUACUGGUUCUUGAAUGGGAAUCCCGAGCACCAAAGAGCAGAGUAGUGACGUCUCUUGCUGGGUCUUCCAUAAGGAAUGGUCCUGUUAGUCUUAAUCCAGCGACUGGCCUUGCUCCGGGCGAUAUCCGAAGUAUGGUUCGCUCGCUAGUUAUAUGCUUAACACAUGCAUCUGAGGUCAGAGGUGCCGCUAAGGGGUUCUCCUCCAGCUUCGCUGAAGAAGCUAGGUUCCUCCAGGAGCUGAAAACGAGUCCUUCGGAGGGCGAAGAAACUCAUUAA